AAAUACUAAUAAAAUAUAAAGAAACAGAUUAAGAGAUGUAUUUUGUAUUAAAAUUAAUGGGAUUUAUUAUGCAUAAUCUAAUUACAACAAAAUUAUGGAAAUCUCAAACAUUGUACAGCAUAAUAAUAUUCUACUGUUCUAUACACUUUUCUCAUGGACAUAUCAUUAACUGGAAAGCAAAUGUUCAUAGCUAUACUUUGGUUACUUUCGGCUUACCAAUUUACGAUCAAACAUUUGCAAAAUAUGCAAUAGAAGCUAAUAUUAGUGUUGCCAUUGUUCUAUUACCAAUAACUGGUGAUAUUGAAGCAGAUUUCAAUGCUGCCUGCUCCAUACUUAACAAAACAAAUCGACCAGUUGCACUUGUAGACUCUAGUUGGCCAUAUUCCUCACAGAGUGAUGAUACAUUCAUAUUUUCAGCUAGCAUAAAAGAUGAAAAUAAUGAACCUGCUGAGUAUGAACAAGAAAUAAAAAGUACUUUACAUAAUGGACUAGAACAAGCAGCUGAAUCUGAAGCUAGUGAACGAUUAAGGUGUUAUAGACGACAAUUGUUGAUGAGUUUAAGUUCAAGAUUACAAUUACCUUUGGUAACUAUCACAGACCUUGAAGAAUGUCCUGGUUCUAUGAUUGAUUCAGCAAUUAAAUGGUUCUCAUUUUCAAAAACUAAACAUCGUUCUGGAAAUUCACAUCAGCGUAUAUCUAAUCCAUAUUCACCCGCUUUAGUGCAUUCAAUUGGUCCUAGUCAACUUCUUGUGGCUGAACUGUUAAAAAAUUUAAUUGUACUUAAUGAAGAAAUUUGGAAAGGAUUUGCUAUUGUAUAUGAACACAGUGGUGACUUCCUGAAAUAUCGUGAGUGCUUAGAAAGUUUACAGACAACAGCACUAAUUCGUCGAUGGAGAGAAAAUUCAUUUUACAAAGCCCACAUUAUAAGAGAAAUCAAACAUUUGGAGGCAUUCUUUUUGGAUUUGUCUGCAAAAAGUAUAGAACAGUUCUUUCAAAUGAUGGGUGAUCAAGAAGUCAAUCCGAAUUAUGCCCAGUACUUUAUAUUUAAUGAUGGUUCCCUUGAAAGUUUGAUGAAUUCACUUCAGCGAGUAAAAGGUAAUAUAGCUUUGGUUCGUUUCAAAAUACCUGGAAUAUCCCAUGAAUCAGAGAGUGAAUCGCUUCAUACACAAAUGAUACGAAGUAUAAUUGACCAUUUAUCAACAGCAUUGAACUUAGCUGGUAAUAAAUUACAAGUUCCAGAACAUGUUACCUGUACACCAGUUAGAUCAAGUUUAUUGAAAACACCAAAAGGUUUAUUAGUUAGCCAUAAAAAUGGACCUCAUUUAGCAUAUAAAAAUGGUCAACUAUUACAUACUUAUAUUAAUCAAGUACUGCAUUCACGAAUCGGUUAUAUAGAUUCAAGUAAAAUUAAUCCUAUAUUAGAUUAUGGCCUUGAGUUGAUACAUUUAAAGAAUGGAAGAUUACAACAGUUAGCUGACUGGUCAUUAAAGCGAGGAUUUGUGUAUAAACAACCAGUUGAAACUUCAUUUCCUCAAGGUGGAAUGAAACAUAUGAAUAAAACAUUUAUUGUUACAACUAUAGAAGAUCCUCCAUUUGUAAUAUUCGAACCAUAUCGUCAAGGUGUACAUCUAGAAGGCAAUGACCAAUGGACAGGAUUCGCGAUGGAACUAUUACAACAUCUAAGCAAAAUGAAUCAUUUUGAUUAUAUUAUCAAACCCGUCAGUGAUAAAAAAUUUGGAACUUUUGAUGAAAGCAAAGGGAAAUGGGAUGGAUUAAUCGGUGAUCUUGUCUAUAAAAAAGCAGAUCUUGCAGUAGCCUCCUUCACCAUUACUUAUGAUCGAGAACGUGUGAUUGAUUUCACUACACCAUUUAUGAGUCUAUCUCUAAGUGUUAUCAUACAAAAAAGUAAUUCAGACCCUGGAUUACAAUUUACGGCACCAUUAUCAAAUGAAGUUUGGAUAUCAGUUGGAAUUGCUUAUUUUGUUGUUAGUUUAACAUUAUUUUUAAUUGGACGUGUUUCACCAUAUGAAUGGUAUGCUAGACAUCCAUGCUAUCCUAAAAUACAAAAUCAAUUUACAAUGAGAAAUAGUUUUUGGUUUACUGCAGGAUCAUUAAUGCAACAAAGUAGUGAUAUUGUGCCACGUGCUACAUCUACACGAAUUAUAGGAGGAAUAUGGUGGUUUUUUAUCUUAGUAAUAACUUCAUCAUACACAGCAAAUCUAGCUGCUUUCCUAACAAUCGAUAGAAUGCAAGCAGAUAUUGAAAGUGUAGAAGAUUUGGCACGUCAGACAAAAAUUAAAUAUGGAACAAUACAUGGUGGUUCAACUUAUUCAUUUUUCAAAAAUUCAGAUAUUCCUACUUAUCAAAGAAUGUGGAAUUUCAUGAAUCAGAAUAAAUCAUUGUUUGUUAAUAAAACGGAAGAAGGCAUUACACGUGUUCUUGAAGGUGGUUAUGCUUUGAUAUUGGAAUCGACACUUAAUGAAUAUUAUGCUCAACGUAAUUGCAAACUUACUCCUCUUGGUGGAUUAUUAGAUCCAAGAGGAUAUGGAAUCGGAUUACCAAUAGGCAAUAACGGUCUGAGAGAUCUAUUAUCUGAAAGUAUAUUAAAAUUGCAGAAAGAUCAAACUUUGGAGAAAAUGCGGCAAUACUGGUUACAACGUUACAAUGCGUCAGUUCCAUGUUAUUUACAAAGUUCUCAUACAAAUUUGCCAUCAAGAAGUAAAUUGACACUUGCAAAAAUGUCCAGUGCUUUUAUUGGUUUAGGUGUUGGCUUAUUUUUUGGCAUACUUGUUUGGAUUACAGAAAUCGUAGUUUGGGUAUUAAAAGUUCGAAUAAACAGAAAUCAAUCUACUAUCAAUGAAAUCGGGAACAUUUCCAAAAAACAUUAUGUCAUCACCGGACAAAAAGUGAAGAAAUAAUAACAAUAUCCCGUCUUAAUUCAAUAGAUGAAUCCUUAUUAACAAAAUGUAAAGAAAUAUGUAAAAUGAACCAUACAAACCCUAGUGGAAUGACAACUUAUAACAUAAACAGUGGUGAUCAAUUGAAUAAUACUUCUACAACAUUUCACAAAGUCACAUCAUUGUAAUUGGAUUGUAUUAGGGAUAUUUUUUUAGUGAAAAGAUAAAACGAGUGCAUAGACGAUAAGCGGAAAUGUAAAAAAUGAUAGCACUAAGAGGACACUAAGAUGACCUUGAGAGACUAUAGUUAGAAAUUUUCUAUAAUAGAAUAACCAGGAUGCUUUUUUAUAUAUACUUCUAUGUAUUGUUGCCUAUCAUGCAAAUUUGUAUAGACUCUAGAAAUUAAACUUAUUCAAUGCUUUAAGGUGGCGACUUUAGUGAUGCCUGGAAGUGUAUUGGUUAAGUAGUUGUGUUUAUCAUGAGCGGUUAGAUUUAAAAUGUUAACUUAUUUCUCAAAUCGACCCUUCUUCGAAUACAUAUGAUUCUGUUAUAAAUGUAUGCACCGAUUGAUCAUUCAAAAUUGACCAUUUGUUCUCUGAUUUUCAAGCUACCACUUUCAGACGUCAAGUUUUAGAUACUAUCUUUACAUGGUUUUUCCCGUUUCAUUUUUCUUAUUGAAUCAAUUGUACAUUUUGCCGAGUACCUUAACUUUGAUAUUGUCAUAUAUGAGCAUAUUUUUACUUAUAAACUACAUAAGUAGUUUUAAAUUGACGUUUAAAUGAACAGAU